AUGAAAAACAGUGAGGCAGCUGCAGGAGGGCCACAGCCUGGACAGAGGAUGAUCUUUACAGGCCCAGAUGGAAUUGGAGACUACCGGCCGAGAUCAAAUUAUUUCCCCCGGUACAUCGGUGUGGGCGCCUCCUCAGCAGAGGCCACAGGUGACCUCAGGUACCUGUGCCGAGGUGCCACACAUGCCCCCCCUCCCAUGCCCAGGCAGGGCUAUGUGGGGGAGGUGGGCUGGGGCCUGCAGUACAACCAGCUGCUGAACAGUGGGACGCUGCUCAGCAACAUGCAAAUUAAGAAAACUGAGUUACGGACAGCGUUGGAGGACAGAGUGUCUCACAGGUUCCAGAGCAGUCAGUAA